AUGUAUAUUCCGCGAUAUUCGUUUCUUCGUUUAAGUGAUGUGAAUCCACAUGUAACUGGUGUCCUUCAGAUUGUAGAGUCUGAUCUUUGCUGCCAGUGUGUUAUAAACGCGCCAUAUGCCAUUCGUCUUCCCUCAGGAACCGUAGAAACAAGGCCGACGCAGCUGUGGGAGGUGAUCGUCGUGAUUUCGUGCCCAGUUCUUUUUGUGCUGUUCCUCUGCUGCUGUGUCGUUUGCAUGAUCAUCAAGAACUAUGAUCGACAACCGUUGCGAAGGCGAAACCUCGGUCGAAUCAUGCGACAACUGCCACCUCCACCUAAAUAUGACGUCGCAAUCGCCUCCAGUCAAUCGCCGCCACCGCUCUAUUCGGACAUUGAAAAAGGAGUGAUUUUUGAUCCACUCCGUUCUCUGUCCAGUACUGCUCCAUCGUCACCAACCAGUCAAGAUGCACCGCCACUGACUAUCCAAUAUCUCUAUCCACCUCGCUAUGAGUCACCUGCGAUUCACAGUACCGUUGUUUGUACCGAUUCUGAACGCUCUACUUCACCGGUCUCCACUUCUCUUGAUUCCAGUCGUCCACCCGCUAUCUCUCAUCGACCGUCGGUCACAGUAAUUCUUAUGAACGGUUCGUUGUGA